CCCCUCUCCGGCGACUCGCACUCUCCGGGCGCGCCAAUUCAUCUCGCCCCGAGCUCUGCGCCCGCAACCUGCGGCCAUGCCGCCGCGCCCGUGAGACCAUGGCGGACAAGUCGGCCAAGGUGCCGCGCAAGACUUCGGUAUCGACGACUGCGACGGUCGUCACCUCUUCUUCCUCCACCCACCACCACAACAACAACCACAAGGUCAAGACGGUGCGGUCGCAAAAGAUCCUCCCGAGCCCACCCGCCAAGGAAAACAGGCCGAAUCGCCUCGAGGACUCUAACGCGUCCGAAGAUGAUGACGGCGACGACGACGACGACGACGACGAUGAUGAUGAAGACGAGGACGAGGACGAGCAGCCCGCGCCGCUGCCGCGGAGCCACACACCCGGCCACCUUGCUAGCAAGAGCGUAAACGACCGCCGGCGCAAACCUUCGGACGUGGCCAUACGCCAGCGCUCCCAGUCGGCCUCACACGUCCCGCCCCCGCGGCCGUCCACCGCCGGCGGCCAGGCGACCCGACCCUCGACGCAACAGCAGGCCCAGAAGCAGCAGGCCUCUGCCGACGGCCAAAAGGACGACCAGGACAAGAAGACCUCGAGCGCGACCAACAAAACGGCCGCGUCGGCGCCAAACCGCGGCACCUUGUCUGCAUCCGUGACAUCACGGCAGAAGACGACGGCGGCGGUGACAGGCGCCAAAAUCACCCGCCCGCCGCGGGGACAGCACAUCCCCUAUCCCGCGUUACCCGGCCCCGACGAUGGGCCCGAGGUCGAGCCGGCGCCGCCGUCGGGCAUGUACUGGUCCAAGGCGUUCGUAUCCGGCGCGCCACACUCCAACAUGCGGGCGCACACGACGACCAUCAUCGGCUCCAACGUGUACGUGUUUGGGGGCUGCGACUCGCGCGCCUGCUUCAACAGCCUGUACAUCCUUGACGCCGACUCGUUCUACUGGUCUGUCCCGCACAUGGUCGGCGAGAUCCCCGUGCCGCUGCGCGCCAUGACGUGUACGGCAGUCGGCAAGAAGCUCGUCGUCUUCGGCGGCGGCGACGGCCCCGCCUACUACAACGACGUCUACGUCCUUGACACGGUCAACUUUCGGUGGACCAAGCCCCGCAUCGUCGGCGACAGAGUGCCCUCGAAGCGACGCGCCCACACGGCCUGUCUGUACAAGAACGGCAUAUAUGUCUUUGGCGGUGGCGACGGCGUCCGAGCCCUCAACGACAUAUGGCGCCUCGAUGUCAGUGACUCGACCAAGAUGUCGUGGAAGCUCAUCUCUGGGCCUGAAAAGACCGCGUCGGGAAUCAAGGACGUCCGCCCCAGAGCGCGCGGGUAUCACACGGCCAACAUGGUGGGCAGCAAGCUCAUCAUCUUCGGCGGGUCUGACGGCGGGGAGUGCUUCGACGACGUUUGGGUCUACGACGUGGAGCGACACGUCUGGAAGCUCGUCAACGUCCCCGUCACCUAUCGUCGUCUCUCCCACACGGCCACCCUCGUCGGGUCUUACCUGUUCGUCAUCGGGGGCCACGACGGCACCGAGUACUGCAAUGACGUGCUCCUCCUCAACCUUGUGACCAUGACGUGGGACCGCCGCAGGGUCUACGGGAAGCCUCCCAGCGGGCGCGGGUACCACGGCGCGAUCCUGCACGACAGCAGGCUGCUUGUCAUUGGCGGUUUCGAUGGCAGCGAGGUGUUUGGCGACGUGACUAUCCUCGAGCUUGCCGUCCAUGCCUACUACUCGCAGAUCAGCCAUUUCACCAUUGAGGUAUGACGAGGCGAGGGCCAGAAGAGACCGGGCGUUGGCCGUGGUUGGCAAUCCCCCGGAAUAGCGCGCCAAGAGUGAACCGCCUCUAUGUAGAACACGACGUCAAGAACAUCUUAUUCACGGGCCAUGUAUGUCAAAGGGUAGCACAGGAGCUGGAAAAUGCUAUUCGUUAGAUUCGUAGAAGUAUUUAUUGUACAAUGUACAGGGGAGCUUCUCUUCCCGGC